AUGGAUUUUCGAAGGAAGACGAUACGGUUUAGGACGCGAAAUUUUUCGAUUGAAGAUGCCAAAUAUUGGGAGCAACCUAGCCGUUCCACAUCAAUCAAUAUGCCUACUAGAGAUAUUAUUAGCAAAUUGAACGAAUUGGAGCAGCAGGAGAAAUUAUUUAUCACUUAUGAUGUUAUUGAGAUGAAUCCGAAAUAUUCGACGGUUGGCGGAUCGAUUUAUGAAUUUAUUAAUCGGCAAAUGAAGCCAAUUUUAAGAUGCGAUCUUCAUCAACUGAGAGAUCCGAAUAUGUUGAAGCUGAUCGCUAGCGCAUUUUUCAAAAGGGACGAAAUUCUGGAGAUUUGGCCGAAAUGCGAGCAUCCGAUUUAUGCGGGACUGUUGGCGGUUUACAUUGCCAAUAAAAUGCGAAAGCUUUUUCUUGAGCAGCACGAGCCGGUGAUCGCGGAAGCCUAUGAGAAACUCCAAACAUUAUUCGAUGAUGAAUGCACCGCCCUUCUUGAUCAGUGUUUUCAUAGAAGCGAACGAGAUACCCGCGCGAUUCUCGACACGAAUUUCCACCUUUUCGUGCAUACUGAAAAUUGUGAUGCUGUUAAUCAAGAUAUGGAGUUAAUGGAGCUCGCGGCCGAAGGAAAAGCAAAGAACUUCCUUGCUCAUCCAGCAUGUCAACGCGAGAUCGACUACCGCUGGCAGCCAGGCUUCAAGCUCGGCCAGUUCGCCUUCUUCCUGUUUUUCUUUUUCCCUGUACUUUUUCUACUUCGCGGUCGGCAAAGAAUGAAGAAGAGGGAGAUAAAACCGUAUAAAUUUCAAAAAGUCCCAUCAAAUUCGGUUAUGUCGAUAACAAAUAGCACGUUUAUCCUUCGAAUUUACAAUUUCUAUACGUCGCCAAACUCGAAAUACGUCAUUCAUACUAUAUUACGCAUAAUUUAUGUCAUAUUUUAUGCGUAUGUAUUAAUGACAAUGACGCGGAAGACAAUGGUAAUGAACGAGCUCGACGAGUUUUGGGACGAGAUUGUCAUUAUCGUUUGGCAAUUCUCGUAUCUAAUGGAAAUGUUGGUUUUGUCGAAGAAAAAAGGAUUUCUUGUGUGGGCGCACAACAACACCGCCGAUCUUUAUCGAAAUUAUUUGGUGCUUGGCACCCUGAUUGCAUGGUCCAUUGCCGUCGUUUCGCCACCGUACUAUUUUCGAGCUGUCCGCGCGUUUGCCAUUAUUCUAGCUGAUCUCUUCUUUUAUUUUUCGUUUAUUUUCGCCACACUGCGUUUGAUGAAAAUCGCCAACGUCGACGCAUUUUUCGGCUCGAUUGUGCUCAUGGUGAAGAAAAUGAUUCCAAUAAUGCUCAAAUUCAUGCUCGUCUUCAUGGCAUUCUGGUUCACAUACGCCGUCUGUCAUAUCAGUUUGGCCGGCCAUCUGAAGAGCACCCCAAACAUCACCGAUGUCGUGUGGCCUUGGCUUCUUUUCAGUAGUGGAGCUUUCGAAAUUUUCGGCGAAGCUGACGAUGAGGACAAAUUGGGCCUUGUUAGCAAAUGCUCAUCGGCUCCGCUCAACUUUGACAAUCUCACCGAUUCCACAGUGCAAUGCUGGUUUAAGACAAGCAUGAUUCCAGUCUUCUUGUUCUGCUAUAUGCUCGUUUCAAGCGUUCUGCUCGUCAAUUUGGUCACCGCACUGUUGUCGAAAAAAUACGAGGACAUCGAUAAGGUCUCGCACAUUUAUUGGAAAUACAAAUUGUACACGAGACUCAUUGAAUAUGAGGAAAAGCUUUGGCUGCCGGCACCGGCAUCGUUGUUCUAUUACAUCUUCAAGACCGUCUUCUACCUCACGCGGAAUGCGCCUUUAAUCGGUUGCGUCUCGCGAAAGUGUUUGCGAUUUCUCGCCAUGUUCGAAGGCAAAAAUUAUGCCGACGAGCGGCGCAAGCAUCGAAAAGCCGCGCGAAACGAUGGCCAAUUCAUAUUGCAAAGCGAUUUGGACUUGAAAGCUCUGCAAUUAGUCAAGGAUCAAAUGAAAAUCAUGGUAAUUAUGCGCGGCUAA